AUGCCGAGUGCCGAAUCCAUGACCCCAAGCAGUGCCCUCGGACAGCUCAAAGCAACUGGACAACAUGUGCUAUCCAAGCUUCAGCAGCAGACAUCAAACGCCGAUAUCAUCGACAUCCGCCGCGUUGCUGUAGAGAUCAACCUCAAGACCGAGAUAACCUCCAUGUUCCGACCUAAAGAUGGCCCUAGACAGCUACCCACCUUGCUUCUCUACAACGAGAGAGGCUUGCAGCUGUUCGAGCGCAUCACAUAUCUUGAAGAGUACUAUCUUACCAAUGACGAGAUCAAAAUCCUCACCAAACAUGCGACCGAAAUGGCUAGCUUCAUCCCGUCGGGUGCCAUGAUCAUUGAGCUCGGAAGCGGAAAUCUGCGCAAAGUAAACCUUCUAUUGGAAGCCCUAGACAACGCCGGCAAGGCAAUUGACUAUUAUGCCCUUGACCUGUCUCGGGAGGAGCUGGAGCGCACUCUCGCUCAGGUACCAUCCUACAAGCACGUCAAGUGCCACGGUCUUCUGGGCACAUAUGACGAUGGACGUGACUGGCUCAAGGCCCCAGAGAACAUCAAUAAACAGAAAUGCAUCUUGCACCUCGGGUCAAGCAUUGGCAACUUCAACCGCAGUGACGCCGCGAUCUUUCUCAAGGGCUUUACGGACGUCCUUGGACCCAAUGACAAGAUGCUCAUUGGAGUUGACGCUUGCAAUGACCCCGCGAGGGUAUACCACGCUUACAACGACAAGGUUGGUAUUACUCACGAGUUCAUCUUGAAUGGUCUUCGAAACGCCAAUGAAAUUCUCGGAGAAACGGCGUUCAUCGAGGGCGAUUGGAGAGUCAUUGGCGAAUAUGUGUAUGACGAAGAGGGCGGCAGACACCAGGCCUUUUACGCCCCCACUCGCGACACCAUGGUUAUGGGGGAGUUGAUUAGGUCACACGACAGGAUCCAGAUCGAACAGAGCCUAAAGUACUCGAAAGAGGAGUCAGAGAGGCUCUGGAGCACGGCGGGAUUGGAACAAGUCUCGGAAUGGACGUACGGCAACGAAUAUGGACUCCAUCUGCUUGCCAAGUCAAGGAUGUCUUUCAGUCUCAUCCCUUCGGUGUACGCUCGCAGCGCACUCCCAGCUCUGGACGACUGGGAGGCCCUUUGGGCGACAUGGGAUGUCGUCACACGUCAGAUGCUUCCCCAGGAAGAGCUUCUGGAGAAGCCCAUCAAGCUCCGAAACGCCUGCAUCUUUUACCUCGGUCACAUCCCGACCUUCCUCGACAUCCAGCUCACAAAGACCACCAAGCAGGCUCCGUCAGAGCCCGCUCACUUUGGCAAAAUCUUCGAGCGAGGCAUUGAUCCUGAUGUCGACAACCCGGAGCUGUGUCAUGCGCACUCGGAGAUUCCUGACGAAUGGCCGCCGGUGGAAGAAAUCCUGACCUAUCAGGAGACGGUGCGGUCCCGGUUACGCGGCCUCUAUGCGCACGGCAUCGCGAAUAUCCCGCGGAAUGUAGGUCGGGCCAUUUGGGUUGGGUUUGAGCACGAGCUCAUGCAUAUCGAGACGCUGUUGUACAUGAUGCUACAGAGCGACAAGACGCUGCCCCCAACCCAUAUUCCACGGCCCGACUUUGAGAAGAUCGCUAAGAAGGCGGAGUCCGGGAGGGUUCCCAAUCAGUGGUUUAAGAUUCCGGCACAGGAGAUCACCAUCGGUUUGGAUGAUCCUGAGGAUGGAACUGAUAUUAACAAGCAUUAUGGCUGGGACAACGAGAAGCCUGUAAGGCGCGUUCAAGUUGCCGCCUUUCAGGCUCAAGGAAGGCCGAUCACCAACGAAGAGUACGCACAAUAUCUGCUUGAAAAGAACAUCGACAAGCUCCCUGCUUCUUGGGCCCGCCUGGACAACGAGAAGAUUGCCAAUGGAACAACAAACAGCGUGAGCGGUCACCACAGCAACAGAACCUCCAAGCAGCAGCUCCCUUUAUCUUUUCUCGAGAGGACAGCAGUCCGCACAGUCUACGGUCUCGUGCCUCUCAAGCACGCUCUCGACUGGCCCGUGUUUGCCUCUUACGACGAACUUGCCGGUUGUGCAGCUUACAUGGGCGGCCGUAUCCCCACUUUCGAAGAGACCCGGAGCAUUUACGCUUACGCCGAUGCUCUUAGGAAGAAGAAGGAAGCUGAGAGACAAUUGGGAAGGACGGUUCCGGCUGUUAAUGCCCACCUAACCAACAACGGCGUGGAAAUCACUCCCCCGUCCUCUCCCUCUUCCGAGACCCCCUCCGAGUCUUCCUCCCCCUCCGGCAACAACACCACUCUCAUCACCACCGAAGACCUCUUCUCUGACCUAGACGGUGCCAACGUCGGUUUUCACAACUGGCACCCUAUGCCCGUCACCUCCAAAGGCAACACCCUUCUCGGGCAAGGCGAGCUCGGCGGUGUGUGGGAAUGGACUUCAUCGGUCCUCCGCAAGUGGGAGGGGUUCAAGCCGAUGGAGCUGUACCCCGGCUAUACGGCGGAUUUUUUCGAUGAGAAGCACAACAUUGUGCUGGGAGGGAGCUGGGCUACGCAUCCGAGGAUUGCGGGGAGGAAGAGUUUUGUGAAUUGGUACCAGAGGAAUUAUCCAUAUGCUUGGGUGGGGGCGAGAGUUGUUAGAGAUUUGUGA